CGGCCCACGCUCCGGGAGCGGCGGCACAGAAAUAGCACCGAGCCGGGACCGGGAGCCUGGAGGGGGGAGCCCCCGGAGUCGGGGCUGAGCCUCCUUAGCACCUGAGCUGAGUCCGCAGGCCAAAACGGGAGGUCCCGGUGAGACUGGACCCCCCUGCCCUCCCGGGGUCGAGUCGCCGAGAGUCGGGUCAGUCUACGGUUCGAAGCCUCCCCGGUGCCCGGGGCGGUGCUGACAGCGGGGCUGCCGUGCCCGUGCCCGUGCCGCGCCGCCCCCGGGCGCGUCCGCCUCGUCGGCGCGGAAGGAGGCGGCGCGGAGCAGCGGCGGCGCUCGGGCGGGGAUGGCGUCUCCAGGAGCGCUGGAACCGGCGGCCGGCAGCGUGCCGGGCACCAAGGUGGAGCUCACCGUGUCCUGCCGGAACCUACUGGACAUGGACACCUUCUCUAAGUCUGACCCAGUGGUGGUCCUCUUUGUACAGGGCUCAGGAAGCAGUGAGUGGAAGGAGUUCGGGCGCACUGAGGUGAUUGACAACACUCUGAACCCUGAUUUCGUCCGCAAGUUCGUCCUUGAUUACUACUUCGAGGAGAAGCAAAACCUCCGCUUUGAUGUCUACAACGUGGACUCCAAGACCUGCUCCAUUUUAAAACAGAAGGACUUCCUGGGGCAGGCGUUUGUGGCACUGGGAGAGGUGAUCGGCUCCCAGCGAGGUCGCCUGGAGAGAGCCCUCACGGGGGUCCCAGGGAAGCGAUGCGGGACCAUCUUGCUGCUGGCUGAGGAGCUGAGCAAUUGCCGGGACAUUGUCACCAUGCAGCUGUGUGCCAACAAGCUGGACAAGAAGGACUUUUUUGGAAAAUCCGACCCCUUCCUUGUCUUCUACCGCAGCAACGAGGAUGGCACCUUCACCAUCUGCCAUAAGACAGAGGUGGUGAAGAACACGCUCAACCCAGUGUGGCAGCCCUUCACCAUCCCCGUGCGCGCCCUCUGCAACGGCGACUACGACCGGACAGUGAAGAUAGAUGUGUACGACUGGGACCGGGACGGGAGCCAUGACUUCAUUGGGGAGUUCGCCACCAGCUACCGGGAGCUCUCCCGAGCACAGAGCCAGUUCACAGUGUACGAGGUGCUGAACCCCAGGAAGAAAUGUAAGAAGAAGAAAUACGUGAACUCUGGCACUGUGACGCUGCUGUCCUUUUCUGUUGAGUCUGAGUUCACCUUUGUUGACUACAUCCGGGGCGGGACACAGCUGAAUUUCACCGUUGCCAUUGACUUCACGGCCUCCAACGGGAUGCCGUCGCAGCCCACUUCGCUGCACUACGCGAGCCCCUACCAGCUGAGUGCCUACGCCCUGGCACUGAAGGCAGUGGGGGAAAUCAUCCAGGACUACGACAGCGACAAGCUCUUUCCUGCCUACGGCUUUGGCGCCAAAGUCCCACCUGAUGGCAAGAUCUCCCACCAGUUUCCUCUGAACAACAACGUGGACAAUCCCAGCUGUGCUGGCAUCGAGGGCGUGCUGGAGUCCUAUCUCCAGAGCCUGCGCACCGUCCAGCUCUAUGGUCCCACCAACUUUGCCCCUGUCAUCAACCAGGUGGCUGGGACGGCUGCCCAGGUGACUGAUGGAUCACAGUAUCAUGUCCUCCUCAUCAUCACUGAUGGCGUCAUCUCUGACAUGCUGCAGACCAAGGAGGCCAUUGUCACUGCUUCUGCCUUGCCCAUGUCCAUCAUCAUUGUGGGAGUUGGUCCAGCUGAGUUUGAGGCCAUGGAGGAGCUGGACGGUGACGACGUACGGGUGUCUUUCCGUGGACGCUACGCUGAGAGGGACAUCGUACAGUUUGUGCCAUUUCGGGAUUACGUGGAUGACUCGGGCAACCAGGUGCUGAGCAUGGCCCGCCUGGCCAAGGACGUGCUGGCUGAGAUCCCUGAGCAGCUGCUCUCCUACAUGAAGACUCGUGACAUCAAGCCUCGCCGGGCAGACCCUCUGUAGUGGACCCCCAGUAGCUCCUCCACGGGCCCCGGGGCUAGCUGACGGGGCGAGGGCAUUGCCACCUUCCUUCUGGCAGUGGCCAGGGCUUAGCCACGGAGAUGCGGUCCCUCCAACGGCAGUAACUGCAGCUGACGAAUGGGGCUGGGACUCUCCUCUUCUAGCAGUGACACCACGGGGCUGGAUGCCCCUGGACACAACGUCCCGGAACAACGGGGUCGACUCGGACUGUAGUGCUGCUCAGCCGCGGCAGCUCGGGCAGGGCCAGUUCCUGGGUACGGGCUGUAGCGGGGGCACGGUGUGUCUCUGGGGAGGGCAGCCUGGCUCCCUGUCUGGCUCCUCGGUGCAGGGGGCUUCAUCCCCCUCCUGCCUGCACCCUAUUCCUGCCUGCAGCCUGCUCCUGCCUGCACCCCGAGUGCCAGCACCUCAGUCCUCUGGUUCUGGCGCCCCACUGCCUGCCUCACAGCUUGUUCCCCUCUGCAAGACCCCGGCCCCGUAGCCCAGGGCUGCCACAGGGCUGCCACAGGGCUGCCACAGCUCGAGUGCCACAACCCGCGGGUGACACAGGUCUCGGCCCCACAGCUCUGGGGUCCCACAGCCGGGAAAUGCCAGGGGUCGGGCUCUGUAUCGCAUUACCGAGUGUAAAUAAACUGCUCCAACCGCG